AUGGGGACAACUGGCAUUUCAUCUGCGCCAGCCACAACCUCCGCCCAAGUCACAGAGACGUCCAAGCCAUCCACAGUCCAACCAAGCACUUCAGCAAGCUCUGAGAAGCCCAGCUCAGCACCGAUAAGCACUCAGACAUCUGGCUCGCCCUCCACCCUGGUGAUGAUGACCAAGCAAGAGGUCGCUUCUUCCACAUCUCAAACGACAGGCAAGACAACUGCAACUACAGCUUUUGCCUCCACGGGGUCCACGGGAUCAACUGCACAGUCCAGCACUGCUUCAGCUGCCACCAUCUCGGACCACUGGCCAUUUCAUCAACCAAGCACUUCAGCAAGCUGGGCCAGUCCACCACACUGCUUCAGCUUCCACCCCAGGGGACUACUGGCCAUCAAGUCAACAACAGUCCAACUGGCAACAGUCAAACAGCAAGCAAGUUCAGCUUUUACCUCGACGGGGUCAACUGCACAGUCCAGCACUACUUCAGCUGCCACCACGGGGACCACUGGCGUUUCAUCUGCGGCAUCCACAACCUCCGCCCAAGUCACAGAGACGUCCAAGCCAUCCACAGUCCAACCAAGCACUUCAGCAAGUUCUGAGAAGCCCAGCUCAGCGCCGAUAAGCACUCAGACAUCUGGCUCGCCCUCCACCCUGGUGACGAUGACCACGCAAGAGGUCGCUUCUUCCACGCAAACGACAGGCAAGACAGCUGCAACUACAGCUUUUUCCUCCACGGUGUCAACUGCACAGUCCAGCACUGCAUCAGCUGCCACCACAGGGACCACUGGCGUUUCAUCAAGCUCUGAGAAUCCCAGCUCAACACCGAUAAGCACUCAGACAUCUGGCUCGCCCUCCACCCCAGUGACGACAGCCACAGACUCUUCCACUCAGACAACUGGCAAGGAAACUGCAAGUACAGCUUUCGCCUCCACAAGCUCAACUGCACAGGCCAGCACUAGUUCAGUUGCCACCACAGGGACCACUGAUAUUUCAUCUGCAGCAACCACAACCUCCGCCCAACUCACAGAGACGUCCAAGCCAUCCACAGUCCAACCAAGCACUUCAGCAAGCUCUGAGAAGCCCAGCUCAGCGCCGAUAAGCACUCAGACAUCUGGCUCGCCCUCCACCCUGGUGACGAUGACCCCACAAGAGGUCGCUUCUUCUACGCAGACGACAGGCAAGACAACUGCAAGUACAGUUUUUGCCUCGACGGGGUCAACUGCACAGUCCAGCACUGCUUCAGCUGCCACCACGGGGACCACUGGCGUUUCAUCUGCGGCAUCCACAACCUCCGCCCAAAUCACAGAGACGUCCAAGCCAUCAACAGUCCAACCAAGCACUUCAGCAAGUUCUGAGGAGCCCAGUUCUGCACCAGUAAGCACUGGCACUCAAACAACUGGCAAGGAAACAGCAACUGCCACAACCUCCGCCCAACUCACAGAGGCGCCCAAGCCAUCCACAGUCCAACCAAGCACUUCAGCAAGCUCUGAGAAUCCCAGCUCAGCCCAUAAGCACUCAGACAUCUGGCUCGCCAUCCACCCCAGUCAACUGCACAGUCCAGCACUGCUUCAGCUGCCACCACAGGGACAACUGGCGUUUCAUCUACAGCAGCCACAACCUCCGUCCCAAGUCACAGAGACGUCCAAGCCAUCCACAGUCCAACCAAGCACUUCAGCAAGCUCUGAGAAGCCCAGUUCUGCACCAGUAAGCACUGGCUCUCAAACAACUGGCAAGGAAACAGCAAGUACAGCUUUCGCCUCCACGGGGUCAACUGCACAGUCCAGCACUGCUUCAGCUGCCACCACGGGGACCACUGGCGUUUCAUCUGCGGCAUCCACAACCUCAACUGCACAGUCCAGCACGUCCUUCAAGUCAACAACAGUCCAACCAAGCACUUCAGCAAGUUCUGAGGAAGUCAACAACAGUUCAACCAAGCACUUCAGGUCAACUGCACAGUCCAGCACUUCUUCAGCUGCCACCACAGGGACCACUGGCGUUUCAUCUGCGGCAGCCACAACCUCCGCCCAAGUCACAGAGACGUCCAAGCCAUCCACAGUCCUACCAAGCACUUCAGCCAGCUCUGAGAAGCCCAGUUCUGCACCAAUAAGCACUGGCUCUCAAACAACUGGCAAGGAAACAGCAAGUACAGCUUUCGCCUCCGCAGGCUCAAGUACACAGGCCAGCACUGUUUCAGUUGCCACCACGGGCACCACUGGCGUUUCAUCUGCAGCAGCGACAACCUCUUCCCAAGUCACAGAGACGUCCAAGCCAUUCACAGUCCAACCGAGCACUUCAACAAGCUCUGAGAAGCCCAGCUCAGCGCCCAUAAGCACUCAGACAUCUGGUUCGCCCUCCACCCUGGUGAUGACGACCACGCAAGAGGUCUCUUCUUCCACACAGACGACAGACAAGACAACUGCAAGUACAGCUUUUACCUCAACGGGGUCAACUGCACAGUCCAGCACUGCUUCAGCUGCCACCACGGGGACCACUGGCGUUUCAUCUGCAGCAGCCACAACCUCCGCCGAAGUCACAGAGAUGUCCAAGUCAACAACAGUCCAACCAAGCACUUCAGCAAGUUCUGAGGAGCCCAGCUCGGCGCCCGUAAGCACUCAGACCUCUGGCUCACCCUCCACCCCGUUGACGACUGUCACUCAAGAGACCACGGGAACCACCGAUGUUUCAUCUGUAGCAGCAACAACCUCAGCCCAAGUCACAGAGACGUCUAAGCCAACAACAGUCCAACAAAGUACUUCAGCAAGCUCUGAGGAGCCCAGUUCGGCGCCGGUCAGCGCUCCACAGGCCGGCACUGCUUCGGCUGGCACCACAGGGACUACUGGUGUUUCAUCUGCCGCAGCGAUGACUACAGCCCAAGUCACAGAGACGUCUAAGCCAACAACAGUCCAACCAAGCACUUCAGCAAGCUCUGAGAAGCCCAGCUCAGCACCAGUUAGCACUCAGACUUCUGUCUCACCCUCGACCCUUGUGACGACGACCACGCAAGAGACCACUUCUUCGACGCAGACGACAGGCAAGACAACUGCAAGUACAGCUUUCGCCUCGACAGGGCCAAUUCCACAGGUCAGCACUACUUCAGCUGAAACCACGGGGACCACAGGCAUUUUAUCUGCAGCAGCCACGACCUCAGCCCAAGUCACAGAGAUGUCCAAGUCAACAACAGUCCAACCAAGCACUUCAGCAGGCUCUGAGGAGCCCAGCUCGGCGCCAGUAAGCACUCAGACAUCUGGCUCGCCCUCCACCGUGAUGACUACUGCCACGCAUGAGACCAUGGGGACCACUGGCAUUACAUCUGCAGCAGUCACGACGUCAGCCCAAGUCUCAGAGACGUCCAAGCUAACAACAGUCCAACGAAGCACUUCAGCAAGCUCUGAGGAGCCCAGUUCGGCGCCGGUAAGCACUCAAACCUCUGGUUCGCCCUCCACCCCAGUGACAAUGUCCACGCAAGGCACUGCCUCUUCCACGCAGACGACUGGCAAACUAACUGCAAGUACAGCUUUCGCCUCCACGGGGCCAACUCCACAGGCAAUCACUGCUUCAGCUGCCACCAUGGUGACCACCGGCGUUUCAUUAGCGCCAGCCACGACUGAAGUCACAGAGACAGGACGCACGUCACCUCACUCAGCGAGCACAACUAAGGGGCCUAUUUCCACACCAAUUGUUUCUCAGUCUACAUCUUCAACAUCUCUCACUUCUACAACCUUUCCUCUUCCUGUCAGUAGCUCGACUACUAAAACUUUGAUUACAUCAACCCAAUACUUUACAUCGCCACAAUCUCAUCACUCAAGUCCCUCAUCUGAUGUUCCCACAUCCACAAGUUUCACAUCACAGACACAUCCAACCACACAAUUCUCAGAACCCACUAGUUCAAGUCAGUCACAGACUUCAUCCACCAGAGUCACAAGUGCCAUACCGACCGUCUCAGAAACGUCACCUGGAAUCAUUAGCACUUCCAAAGUCCCUCUUCACACAUCCACUUCAGUGCAGUUCUCCACAUCAUCUUUUCAUCCAACAUCUUCUGAUGCUACAACUACUUUGGUAACCUCUGGACAGUCCCACACCCAGUUCCCAACAGUUACCACUCAAAGUACUCCACCACCACAAAAUUCGUCUGUCACCUCAACCUCACACUUAACAACAACACCUGUGUGUCCAGAGGAGGAAUGUCAGUGUAAUGGCGCACCAUGUUCUUUCAAUGCUACGUUAGGAAAAUGUCAGUGUGACUGCAAUGAAGAUCUCACCUUUGGGAGCUCUUGUCAGUAUGGUUUCAAUGAAACCAAUGUGAUAUUAGAUAAUAAUGGAAUUCCACCAAGGAAAGCAAAAUUUUCACUGAGAAUAAGGGAUUUCAAUUUGACAACCUCAGAUAAAGCAGCUCUUAUUGAGAUUCUGGAAGAAGAGCUCACACCUCUUUUCCGACAAGCUGAUCCUCUGAGUUUCCAGGACUUCAGAAUAUUCAGAUUAAGGCAAGGAAGUAUUAUUGCAGAUGGUGUUGCACGAUACAGGUAUCACAACAAUGAAUCACAAAUAAACUUCCUUAAUGAACAGUUGGGAUCAAAAUUAGAAAGUGUUGUAACUCAACAAGGUGAUUUCAAAAACCUGAGUGAAGCUCUUGGAAAUGUUGCCAUUGAAGAUCCAACACUCACAAUGGCAGAUACUGAUAUAAAGAACCUUAUGGAUCUGAGGCCAUACAUUUCCUGCCACAUAGAAUUUAGUAACUACUCAAUUGAGAUUUCCGAAGGAGGCUGGAAAUGUGUAGGAUCUUGUUUUACAAAUCCCGGCUACUGUAAUCAACAUGGAGAGUGCUUCAAUAAAAAGAGUGGGCCAGUUUGCCAGUGUUUUGAGUCCUUCCUUGAGUCAUACUAUGGGCCGCAGUGUGAUCUAUUUCGCCGGGGAGUAGGAUUCUAUGCCAUACUCUUUGGAUGUCUGUCAGCAGGCCUACUCUUGCUCAUAAUCAUUGUAAUUGUCAUUGUGGUUCUACGUAGAGGCCAUGGCAGAUCAUGGUUUGCAGACAAGAGGCUCACAAGUUUUGAAACCUUUGACGAUGACGUGUUCAACUAUUCAAAUAGAGGACAUUAUAGAAAUUUUCUGGUUCGACUUCCAGGUAGACAAGAUGGAGUGUACAGUAUUGAAAACGACGUGUCUGUGUCAGAUGAAAUAAGCCCUGGAGUAUUUCGGCCGCGCUUAGAUCUGGUUGACACAACAUUCGAUAUGAGGAUAAACCGUCCAAACGUGAGGAUAUCAACUAUGAAUCAGAUGUCCAAAAACUAACAGGGACAUGAAGAACUUCAACCUAAAGCAUUGAUGCCAAAGACACCUCUAUGUAACCUCAACAUUAUAUAUAUAUGUAUUACAUAGCCAUAAUUAUUCUGGUCUAAGGUAACUACUAAUACACAGCACAUAUUUAUAUUUAAUUUAUAUUACUCUAAACAACCUUCUGUAAACCAACUGUACUGUCUACGCUGCACUAUAUUUCUUGUCCUGUUUAUGCACCUGUCUACUUUUUUGCACUACUGGUUAGAUUAAAACUGCAUUUCUUUGUUAUUGUACUUGUACUCUGCACAAUGACAAUAAAGUUGAGUCUAAUCUAA